AUUUGUUGCUGCUGUUUCCUUGUCUCGGACGGUGUUUUGCUUCUCUCAACUCUCAACCACCUUUCAUAUCGAUCUUCUUUUCUUCCAUUUCAAUUCAUACCGACAUUUUCCAUUCUCCCUUCUCCAAGUUUCACAAUUCUUUCCAUUUCCAAAUUCAAAGGUGAAAUGAUGAUUGAGACGAUUAGUAAUUUGAAUAAAAGCACAUCUUUCAAUAAAAGUGCUUCGUUUAAUAGAAGGGCUUUAAGUUCUGGGAGCCCGAGGGUGAGUCGGGUGGGCUGGAUCUCCCGUUGGUAUCAUGUGUUUGUGGUCAUUGGAUUUCUGGUUUCAUCUCUUGUAGUGAUUAGUGCUGGUUAUAUUCAUCUACUACCUGGUCUUUCUUUGUCUUCUCAUAAUAAUGGUGUUUUGAAAUCAAGUUAUUUGAAUGAAACCUCGAAUGGAAGCUGCAAUGUGUAUGAAGGAAGCUGGAUUCUGGAUGAUAGUUAUCCGCUUUACAAUGCUACAGAAUGCCCUUUUGCUGAAAAGGGAUUUGAUUGCUUGGGUAAUGGUAGGGUGGAUCAGAGCUAUCUGAAGUGGAGGUGGAAACCGACAGAUUGUGAAAUACCGAAACUUGAUGUGCAGAAUGUCUUGGAAAUGCUGCGGAGUAAAAGGAUCGUUUUUGUUGGAGAUUCGAUGAGCAGAUCACAGUGGGAGUCCUUGAUAUGCUUACUUAUGAGUGGGGUUGAGGAUAAAAGGACUGUUUAUGAGAUUAAUGGGAAUAAGAUCACAAAGCGGAUUAAAUACUUAGGUGUUCGGUUUAGUUCUUUCAACUUCACUGUUGAGUUCUAUCGCUCGGUUUUCCUUGUGCAAGAAGGUCAGAUGCCAAGACACUCACCUAAGAGAGUGAAGUCUGCCCUUAAACUGGAUGAGCUGGAUACUAUUAGCAGCCAGUGGAUUGAUUCAGAUGUUCUAGUAUUCAACACUGGACACUGGUGGGUCCCUGGGAAGUUGUUUGAAACUGGUUGCUAUUUUCAGGUUGGACAUUCGCUGAAGCUUGGAAUGUCAAUUCCCACAGCUUUUGGAGUAGCACUUCGCAGUUGGGCAUCUUGGAUUGAGGAAAAUAUCAACACAAACAGAACCCAUGUUUUCUUUCGUACUUUUGAGCCGUCACAUUGGAAGGACCACACCUUCAAAUACUGCAGUCUUACCCGUCAACCAGUGACCGAUGCUGGAGACAGGGUCAGAAGCAUUUUUUCCGACACCAUAUUAGAGGUGGCAAAGAAUAUGAAAGUUCCAGUUAACAUUUUGCACAUAACUUCCAUGUCUGCUUUCCGAAGCGAUGCCCAUGUUGGUAAAUGGAGUGACAACCCAUCCGUCCAGGACUGCAGUCAUUGGUGCCUACCCGGAGUGCCUGAUGUGUGGAAUGAAAUUUUGCUCUCUUACCUGGUUACUGAAUAUGAUGCUUCAUUCAAAUGACCAAUACACAAAAAUGGUUUAACACGAAUUUUCUAACAUCUAAGAAAAAUACAUGCCGAGUAUGGAGACAUGUAUUUGCCAAUGUCGAAGACUAUGCUGUAUUCAUUACUUUGGCGACAUAACGGCAAUAUCAGUCAAGAUCAAUCAUCUCGAGUCUCAACUCUCGUGUGUUGCAUACACUCUAACACGGUCAUGUUAUUUCUCAAAUUCUUUAAAGGAAGUGCGUAUAUAGAGUUACACAAAUAAAACUAUUUUCAGAACAAGUUUUUUCUUUCUUUCCCUUUAUUUUCCAUCCAUUCUUUAGGAAAGACCAGAUUGAGGUCAUGAGGUGUAUCGGUGUCUAUUUUCCUUGUACUAAUCAUGGUAUUUUUAAAGGACAAACACGAUGAGGGUGAAAUGUUGGACAUCAAAUAGCAAAAGAUAUUUCUACUUUGUUAUCUUUAUUA